AAUAUGUGUGAAACCUAGGCCCGACAUAAGGAACCCUCCCGAUCACGGAUGUUGUCAAUACACUUCGUGUCGCAUUGUCACUGUGCAGCUAGGCUAGCCCCUGGUAAUACAUUUAGUAUGAUAAUAGCUAAGGCUUAGCUUAGCAUAAGUCAAUAAAUCUAGAUUAAAUUGUAUUACACAAUAAACCCAAUGAUAUCAGAAGAAUUUAUAUCUGGGCCUAGUAGGCCUACCAUGUACGCUUUUAAUUUAUUCAUCCAAGCAAGGUGGUGGUAGACAGAAAUUCUUUUCUACAAUAGUACAAGUUUACAAGCAGGGGUAGAAAAAAAGAAUCACGCAGGUCUGCAUGGCCCUGUCUGGGGGAAGGUAGGCCUAUAAAUGUUCAACAAGGUGUCAGGGUUGCCUAGGCUAGCGGCUAGGCCUGGUUAGGUUAGUAGAUAGGCGAGUGACCUUGUCUUGAUGUUGACGUCAUUUUUUCACCCUUCCUAAGCCUAUACAUGCCAGACUGUAUAGUAAGGCCUGCGCAGGGAAUGAUUAUAUCCUCCUUAUACUUGUCAAUAUGCAAAACAAACUUCUUUUUCGUGCAGGCGAUAUCUAUGAUUUAUCUUGUAGCUUACGAAGAAAUACCGCAGCAGGCCGACUUAACGGCACGGAGCUUCACGCAACCCACGUGCUGUGUAUCGAUUAAAAAAUACUCCGGCAGGGAAACCAAGGGUUCACAGUUUCUAAAAAGAAGAGCAUGUUGAUUGGCUGAAGACACGGCACUUGGACUUUUUUUUGUGUAUACAAAACAAGCGUACUAUGCCUACAUUGAAAUUUAUGCAAUAAAUAAUAAAGUUAAACAGAAAACUUGGGUGUAAGCAGGGUAGUAUAAUUUUGUAUACCUCCCUGGUGUAUGAAUGCAUUGCUACCAGCUAUUGGAUGACAUAAAGUAUAUUUCUUAGAACAAAUAUAAUCAUUUGAGCUCUGGACAUAGAGGACUCAUCAUUAAACAUGUCCAGUGGUGGCACUCAAAACACGAGCAAUAUGGAUACCAGUAAGAACGUCACAAAAGCUACCACACAGGGACAAACCGUCAGUGUAGUUGGUAAGCCUGGACAAGUGGUAACGACGAGUAAAGGAGAGACCCUUGUGCUGUCUGCUCCAAAUUUAACAUCAAGUGCUGUUCCCGUAUCACUGAACACUUCAAAGCCUGUGAUCACAGUAUCUGCAUUGCCACCUGGUGCAAAUUCACCGGCCGUGCAGGCUAUUUUGAAACGGAGCUUUCCGACGAUGGCACAAAAUCAAGUUUUGACCAAAGUGAUAAUAACUAAAAACCCAAACACUAAUAGAAUUGUAUCGGCCUCAGUUGCUUCAACUACACCAAAGUUAACAUCUGCAAUUUUACAGGCAGUUGACGGGAAAGUGUUAACACCGGGGUCACCAGUCAAGGUGGUUACUGUCACUCAGGGCAGUCUACUGAACACUAAGAACAUUGUAUUAACAAGCAGUGCAAUGUCCCAGCUUAUGGCUGCUCAGGCAGUCACCCCCAGUUCAACGCAGGUUAAAAGUCCUUUGAAAUCAGUAUCCACAACACCAAAGAAGAUUGCUCCGGCCCCUCCAAGACCACAGCAAGUUAUCAUAAAGGGAUUGGUAUCAACGGCCAAUACCAUAGCAAAGACAACACCUUCAGUAACAACAGCAAUAGCAAGUGGUGUUCAAAAUGCAUCUGCAAUUAGUAGUCUACAGCAAGCUGGCACCUCACUGACAUUCACCAGUGCUGGCAAUCUGCAACCCAUUCAAGUGGCUGGCAACAAAUUUCCGUACAUACGUCUGGUCUCAGUGCCAUCAUCAACAAUUUCAACAAAUACACAAGCUAAAAAUAUAGUACAACAUGUCUCUGGAAAUAAAGUGAUACUGUCAAAUGCAAGUGGUCUUCUGCCUCAGCAAUAUCAAAUGCAAACAGUACCAAUUGCACCUGCAACACAGAUUGUAAUGAAGUCGACGGCAUCAUCCACUACAACAACUGCCAAACGAAUGAUUAUGCCAAACAGGCCACUCCAGAUCCAGCCCAACACAGUCGGUGGACAAUUACCUGGGAAAAUUAGCAUUCCAGCGGGGACAACGCUCUUGGCAGGGAACAGCAUUCCCCAGAAUAUUGCUGUUUUACCUUUACAGUACAUUGCACCUGUUGGGCAGCAGUCUCAAAAUUGCUCAACGUCAUCAUAUAUUCCAAUUUCAACCAAGGCACCAACUACAGCAGGGCCACCAGCUGUUCGGCACAAUGUCAACGGCAGCAGUCAACCAGAAGCACCAGGGACACGGCCUAGGAAGCCAUGCAAUUGCACAAGAUCUCAAUGUUUGAAAUUAUACUGUGACUGUUUUGCUAAUGGAGAAUUCUGUAGCAACUGUAAUUGCAAUAAUUGUUUGAAUAAUUUGGCUCAUGAGGAUGAGAGAAGCCGAGCCAUUCGCUCGUGUCUCGAGAGAAACCCACAGGCUUUCCAUCCGAAGAUCGGUAAAGGACGAGGAACUGCCGGGGAAAGGCGGCACAAUAAAGGUUGUAACUGCAAGCGCUCAGGCUGCUUGAAGAACUAUUGCGAAUGUUAUGAGGCAAAAAUACUCUGUUCAUCAGCAUGUAAGUGCUAUGGUUGCAAGAAUUUUGAAGAGAGUCCUGAACGCAAGACUCUGAUGCAUUUAGCUGAUGCUGCAGAGGUCAGGGUUCAACAACAGACAGCAGCCAAGUCAAAACUGUCACAAUUCCAGGACUUUCCAUCAAAACCGCCGAUCACAAACGAGUCUGGUGAACGGCUUCCAUACUCAUUUAUAACAAACGACGUGGCCGAGGCCACCUGCCAGUGUCUUUUAGCGCAGGCAGAGGAGACGGAGAGGAACGGAGGUGCCUCAAACAUUGGGGAGCAGCUCAUCUUGGAAGAGUUUGGUCGAUGUUUGAAGCAAAUCAUAGAGUCGGCAGGAAAAACGAAAGGAAACGGUAACAUGUGACCAUGUAUCAGCACCCAGAAAGGAAGAUGAGUGUGCGUUCAUGCAUGUCAAUUGAAAGGCAUUUAUAUCACUGCCACGAACUGCUUUAAUAAAUGACACCAAUUGGCAAUGUGGCAGCAAGGAUAUUCAAGCAAGCGUGUUUAGCUAGGAUGAAAGCAGUGAUUGAUUGACCCCCCAGCUAUGGCAAUAAUUCAUGACACAUGGAUCUUCAUGUAAACGUGUUGAGCUUCGGAUGUAGGCAUCAAAUGAUUGAUCCUCCAGCGAUGGCAUUAGUAUUAACAGCACAGAUCUUCAAAAAACAUCAGUUUGGAAAUAAGCAUUGAUUGAUCGAUCUCCAGCAACAGCAUCAUUUAUGACUGGAUGGAUUACACAUUGAGCUUGGAGGCCGGCAUCAUUUGACUGAUACUUCAGCAAUGUCUCAUGACUCCAUGACUUUUAAACAAACAUAGUGCUUGAAGGUUUGCUUCGAUUGGUUGAUCCUCCAAUGAUGCAUCGUUUAGGACAUAUUGAUGCAGCUAAGAACUACAUGAAGUAGCAUUGCUAAGCAUUUAGAUGACCUCAUUCUCAUUCCUGGUAGAGGUGAAUACAGUAGUAUAUUCAACUGGUAUGAAAUAAAUAAAGGAUCCCAAAUGACACUUUCCUGGGGUGAUGUUGGUUGAUUCUUGCUUGGUUAAAAUUCACUGCCAUUAUCAAGUUUGCAACACAUGGCCAAGUAACAGCUUUAUUUUAACCUACAGCAUCUUACCUGAAGCUUAUUUCCUAAAUUACAUAUGUUAUUGUUAUACAAUUUGUUGAAACACCACUGAAAUCAGGUAGAGUAAUUAGAUGUAAAGACGAACUUAGCGUGGCAUUAUUUAAUAACAGUGAUACUGCAGGAAUUUUUGGUAUGUAUAUGUAUCACAGUUACUGGCCUUUUUGCCUGUAGCUAUGGUGCCCAUUCUCAAGUGGGUUGGAUCUGUGGUUAGGUAGUCAAGUUCCCACCUUCCAACCCAAUGGUCCUGGGUUCACUCCUGGUGAAAUACCUUUUUCACAACCAACAGCAACUUCUCUAACCCCAAGCUUCAAAACUUAGUUAGUGGAAAGCAUUAAGAGUCACAACAUUAUUAGCUUGCCUAGGUGGACCACCCUCAUUCAAUAGGGUGUAAACAAAAUUAAUAUAUCUUUCUUUUUUUUUUUAAAUAAUAGUCAUUAUUUGGUUUACAAUUUAAAUUAAAA